AUGCACCUUGCUCACAAUGGGACCUACCGCCAGUUCCUUACAUGGUGCAUCGGCUGGAGCAAGCGGAAACGCUCAGACCGCCCCCUGCCCUAUGCCCAGGCCCUCAUCCAGGCAGGCUGCGACGAAACCAUCGAGGCCACCGUGCGCGAACGGAGACUGUGUUUCGCGGGCUUUGUUAUGCGCAUGGAGGACAGCCGCCUCCCCAAGCGCAUGCUGUUAGGAGCGAUGGCGGGGUGCGUGGGAUACCGGGGCGGGCAGGAGAGCGACUGGGUGUCUCGUCUAGUAGAGGACCUCGUGACCUUCAACAUGGGAGACGAAAAGGAAGGGGGGUAAAUGGAAAGAGAGCGUCAAGGACCCGGAGGUGUGGUACAUCAAGGUCGAGGACAGGGCGACAUGGCUCAUGAGGAAAUGGCACAGGCAG